UUAGCCUGCUGAAGAAAACCAAUGAAAUAGAGAGCAGGAGGAGAAAGGAGGAGGAGGAGGAGAGAAGAAGACGAAGGGAGGGGGAGGAGGAGAGACAGGAGGUGGAGGAGGAGGAGGAGGAGGAGGACCUGCCGAUUUUGAGUUGCGUUGACGGGAAAAAACAAAAAAAGAUGACGAAGGAGGAGGAGGAGGAGGAGGAGGAGAAAGGAGGAGGAGGAGGAGGAGGAGAGAAGAAGACGAAGGGAGGGGGAGGAGGAGAGAAGAAGGAGGGAGCGGGAGGAGGAGAGCGAUGGGGAAGAGGAGGAGGAGGAGGAGGAGGAGGAGGAGGAGACAACAAAAUGAAAGGAGGAGGAGGAGGAGGACCUGCCGAUUUUGAGUUGCCAAUGAAGCAGGGAGGUGGAGGAGGAGAAGAAGAAGAGGAGGAAAGGAGGAGGAGAAGAAGAAGAGGAGAAAAGGAGGAGGAGAGGAAGAAGAAGAAGAGGAAAGGAGAUGGARGAGGAGGAGAGGAAGAAGAAGAAGAAGAAGAGGAAGCUUCGCUGUGGAGGUGGAUACCCUAUCCACCACGAUGGGGCGWCCUUACCUUUCGGCGGGCAUGGGCGUCRGGCAGCGGCAGCGGCAGCGACUACGGGCAGCGGCGGCACCUCUUCGACGAUGGACAGGGGAGACGACGGGCAGCGGGCAGGGGCGACGAUGGGCAGGGGCAACGACGUGCAGCGGCGACACCUCUUCGACGACGGGCAGGGACGACGGCCAGCGGCGGCACCUCUUCGACGACGGGCAGUGCAAAACCUCCCGGCGGCGUUCGAGUUUCAGACCUGUACAAGGUCUCCUGGGAGGAUAUGACAAAGGAAUGGAAAAAGCGGCUGAUUGUGGACGACGCCCCGGCACUCGCCAUCAACCACAUCUUCACGAUGGCUCAAGGGAGCACACCGACACGUGACUGGCUCACGGAUUGGCAGAAGAUCGUGGCCACGCCCGAUCUGGACUUGCCAUUCGCGCAGCUGCGCCGUGAGUUUUUCAACAGGUCAUGCGCCGCUCUCAGCCUCGAACUUGGUGAACGCGAGCUGUACAACACUUUCGCAGAGAUCAUCAACAAGGCGAGAGAGAUCAUCAAGACCAACGGGCCGGCUGCACACGAGAAGUCAACAUGGCAGCCGACCUAUGUGGAGAAGGUAAAGACUGGUCCGCGGCCGCAGCAUGUUGCUGCAGUCCAAUUGGACAGUGGAGAAGACCCGGCAGCCGCCCAAGCAUCACGUGAGGGAGAUCAUGUGGAUGCUGUCCAGCCGCGAAGCAACAACAAGUCCCGAUCAUCGUCAUGGUCAAGACGUGAGGUGCUCGACCCACUGACGUUCACGGACUUCCAGUGGAUGCCCGUUCCCCCGACCGGUCGAUUGUUGAAACCGCAUUGCGAUGUGCUGAUGGCACAUCUGCGGGAUAACUUGCACACUGCAAUACCAGCACCGUUGAUGGACGCCGGAGUAGAGGUUGUCGACCUUCACGCUUACAUUGCGAAGAUCGACCGCGAGUCCAAGACGCAACGGUACGACGACAUCGACGCACCAUUGCUUUAUGCACGCAUUCAUAUCGGACAGGCGACCUGCAGCGCAUUGAUCGAUUGCGGAGCAUCUCGCAACUACAUCAGCCACGACUUCAUGGUGCGCGCCGGCCUUGGCCCACGUGUCCCGAGGAAGUCCCAGCCCACACAAGUCACGUUCGCAGACGGUCACAUGCACAAGUCAAUCGACCGGUGCAUUGAUGACGUCCCAGUGUACUUUGCCCCUCACGCAAGUGAGGCGGUGUCCUUUGACAUUCUGGACACCAAAUUCGACAUGAUCUUGGGCAUGUCAUGGCUGCGAAGCGAGGACCACCUGGUGAACUUCUAUCGCUGCACCGUUCACGUUCGUGAUCGGAACAGAUUACUAGUCCCAUGCACGGUGCCUCCUCCUCACCCUUCUAUCAGCUGCCACAUGGUAUCCGCCGCAAGCAUGCGAGCUUCCAUCAUCAGAGACGACAUCGAGGAGAUGGGGGUGUGUUUUCUCCACGCCCUCCCGCCCCAUGACGCUUCACCGACGAACUCAUCUUCGGAUCCACGCAUCACCGAGCUUUUCGACGCCUACGGCGACGUGUUCGAAGGCCCGCACGGACAAGUGGAACACCUGCGCACCGUUUUGGAGCGGCUACGACAAGCCAAGUACAAAGCCAACCGCGACAAAUGCGAAUUCGUGCGGCAGGAGCUGGAGUACUUGGGACACUAUGUGACGCCGCAAGGCAUCCGUCCGCUUUCGGACGAGAUCGAGGCCCUCCACGUAUGGCCCGAGCCCACCAACACCACGGACGUUCGUUCAUUCAUGGGGUUGGCAGGCUACUAUCAGCGAUUCAUCACCGGAUACUCAAGGAUUGUUGCACCUAUGACGAGAUUACAAACGCCAAAGGUGCCAUUCGUAUUCGAUGACGACGCACGCCGGUCAUUCCAAGCACUCAAGACGGCCAUGCUCAUGGCACCUGUACUUAGCAUCUAUGACCCCACCCUGCCGACGAGAGUGACUACGGAUGCUUCCGGCUAUGGCAUUGGGGCAGUCUUGGAACAACACGACGGCGACGACUGGCACCCUGUGGAGUAUUUCAGCCACAAAGUGCCUCCCAUCAACUCGCUUGAUGAUGCAAGGAAGAAGGAGCUGCUCGCGGUCAUGAUGGCUAUCAAGCGAUGGUUAGCGUGCAAUGUGCACUACUCUAAUGGAAGGUUUCUCAACCAUCCGGCUCAGGGGGAGGUGCGAGGGCAGGAAGUCUGCCGACAGAUCACGGCACAAUCGGAAGUGCUGCACAAGAAAGAGUUGGCAGGCAGGCACGGAGCACAGAGGCAACAGGGGCAAGAAGUUCAAGCAGGAGGACAGGACGUCUGUCGUCAAGCCAUGGCACAUCGGGGGGUCUGUUUGAUCACUCUGUUUAGUAAAUUUGGUGCUAUGUGGGCUUAUGGACAGGUUAUUUUGCAAUGUGCACUACUCUCAUGGAAGGUUACUCAACCAUCUGUCUCAGGGGGAGGUGCAAGGGCAGGAAGUCCGCCAACAGAUCACAGCACAAUCGGAAGCGCGGCACGAGAAGGAGGUGGCAAGCAGGCAGGGAGCACAGAGGCAACAAGGGCAAGAAGUGCAAUCGGGUGGACAGGACGUCUGCCGUCAAGCCAUAGCACAUCGAGGUCUGGGGAGAGAGGCACAGGUGCAGUAGACACAAGUACUGGUGGGAGGGCAGAACGCCCGUCAGCAUGUCACGGCGCAUCAGGGUCUGGUGCAGGGGCACUCAGUGUCGGGGGGAUGAUGGGCACAACGCCCGCCAGCAUGCCACGGUGCAGCAGGGGCCGGUGCAGGGGGCACAGGUGCAGCUGCAGGCGCAUCCUUGGGAGGCAAGGGCCACUGGUUCAACAGGACCAUGCGGGAAUCCGCCAGGAGGACCAGGGGCAAACGGGGGGAGCAUUGAUUGGUGAUCGAGGGGGUGAAGGAAGGUGCUUGACUAUGGAGGAUGGGCGAAGGAAAUGGAGGUGGAAGAAGGUGCCUGGCUAUGGUGGAUGGGUGAAGAAGUUGGAGGUGGAAGAAGGUGUUGGCUAUGGAGGAUGGGUGAAGGAGGUGGAGGUAGAAGGUGCUAGGAUAAGGUGGACGGGUGAAGAAGAUGGAGGUGGAAGAAGGAAGAAGGUGCUUGGCUAUGGUGGAUGGGUGAAGGAGAUGCCCGGUGAGAGCCUGUCUAUGGACUUCAUGGACACGCUGGUCACCAGCAAGAGUGGAAUGAGCCACAUCUUUGUUAUCGUAGAUAGGUUUAGUAAGUACGCUAGGUUAGUUGCAAUGUCGGAGACAGCAAAGACCGAGUAUGUGAUCAGACUCUUCAAAGAGAAAUGGGUGAGAGACUUUGGGCUCCCAAAGUCUAUUGUUAGUGACAGGGAUGUCCGAUUCACAAGUGAGUUGUGGAAGGCUGCAGCUGCAGAACAGGGAACAAAGCUGCAGAUGACUUCUGGGAACCAUCCCGAGGCCAAUGGCCAAGCAGAGCAGCUUAACCGCGCUGUGCAGCACCUGUUGCGGCACUACAUCAAGCCCAAUCAGGUGGACUGGGAUGAGAAACUUGCUCUCAUCGCCAGCCUGUAUAACAAUGCUGUGCACAACGCAACUGGAUUACAGCCUCUGGCUUACAUGAUCUGUCCCUGUGUUGACAGGUCCCCUUCGGCCCUGGAUUUGGAGACAUUUGUGCAAUUUGAGGCGGCCACUGCAUUUUCAAGACCAGAGAUUGGGUUUUUAACUUAUGGAACUCUUGUUAACAAGAGUGAUGCAGCAACGUUUGAGUCUACUGAGCGGCAGGUUGCACCAACCGAAGGCACCUCCGAGUGGAAUGCAAUGAAAGAGUUUAAGCGUAGGGAGGAUUGGACACAAUUCAAGGCAGCAAAAGGGACAAUGAAAGUGGAUAGUUCCUGUAACCCUUACCCAUGGGAGUCCUCCGUUUUUGCGCCAAUAAUUCUCACCGAUGGGCCAAACUUGCAGUACCUCGGGUUUGACCUGCUUGCAUGCUUUGCUCUAGGCAUGCCAGGCCAACUGGCCAACGAGUCUCUUGCCGACUACAAACAGCGGUUCCAGGCUCAGCUCGCUCUGAUCGAGGCUGAGGAACAGCGCCAGCUGGCAGCCGAGGCUGCCCGCCUACAGGCUGAAGCAGCAGCAACAGCUGAGAAGCAGCGGCUACAGGCCGAAGCAGACGCAGAUACAUUGGCACGCCGCAAGGAGGCCCAAGAUCUGCUGCAGCGGCAUGAAGCUGCCAGCAUCGAAAGACUCAAGUUCUGGCACUUUGAACCGUCCAACGGCGACGACGCAACACCGGAAGAGCAGCAUAAGGAGUUCCUCUCCAAACUCGUGACACGGUUGUUGUACACUUGCAACUACCAACAGUCCGAGUUAGAGAGACAAAACCAGGAACUGCAGCAACAGUACCAGGAUCUGAAGACACAGCACCAGAAGUUACCUCCGCCGGAUGGUGCAGAGCCACGAGGAUGCUACACGGGCACUCAAUUCCCGUGUAUUGGACCUGGAGCAAGCUGUACCCGGACCAGAUGCUGUUUCGCGGGAGGUGAGGCGACUCCACCUCCCACUCCGCCAGAUUCGGCCGCCUUGCUAGCGGCCUCCUACACAUCUGGGGAGGAUGCGAAUGUCGUAAGUUCUCGGUAUACUUACGAGGACUAUGCUGUCCACUUCGUCCCACCGUUGGACCAACCGCUCCACGUGCAACAAUCUACCGCAUGCACGGUUUCAUCACCAUCGGCAACCGAUUCGGCAGCUUCGCCGCAAUCUAUCGCCAGGGAUUCGACGUCAUGGUCAAGACUUGAAGAGCUCGACCCGUUGACGUUCACGGACUUCCAGUGGAUGCCCGUUCCCACGACCGGUCGAUUGCCGAAACCGCAUUGCAACGUGCUCAUGGCACAAUUGCGGGAUUACUUGCACACUGCAGUACUGACUCCGUUGAUGGACGCCGGAGUAGAGGUUGUCGACCUUCACGCCUACAUUGCGAAGAUCGACCGCGAGUUCAAGACGCAACGAUACGACGACAUCGACGCACCAUUGCUUUAUGUAGGCAUUCAGAUCGGAGAAGCGACCUGCAACGCUUUGAUCGAUUGCAGAGCAUCUCACAACUACAUCAGCCAAGACUUCAUGGUGCGCGCCGGCCUUGGCCCAGGCGUCCGAAGGAAGCCCCAGCCUACGCAAGUCAUGUUGGCGGACGGUUGGACGCACAAGUCAAUCGACCGGUGCAUUGAUGAUGUCCCAGUGUACUUUGCCCCUCACGCAAGUGAGGCGGUGUCCUUUGACAUUCUGGUCACCAAAUUUGACAUGAUCUUGGGCAUGUCAUGGCUGCGAAGCGAGGAUCACCCGGUGAACUUCUAUCACUGCACCGUUCACAUUCAUGAUCGGAACGGAAUACUACGGCUACGACAAGCCAAGUACAAAGCCAACCGCGACAAGUGCGAAUUCGCGCAGCAGGAGCUGGAGUACUUGGGACAUUAUGUGACGCCGCAAGGCAUCCUUCCGCUUGCGGACAAGUUCGAGGCCCUACGAGUAUGGCCCGAGCCCACCAACACCAUGAACGUUCGAUCAUUCAUGGGAUUGGCGGGCUACUAUCAGCGAUUCAUCACCGGAUACUCGAGGAUUGUUGCACCUAUGACGAGAUUACAAUCGCCAAAGGUGCCAUUCGUAUUCGAUGACGACGCACGCCGGUCAUUCGAAGCACUUAAGACGACUAUGCUCAUGGCACCCGUCCUUAGCAUGCAUGACCCCACCCUGCCGACGAGAGUGACUACGGACGCUUCCGACUAUGGCAUUGGGGCAGUCUUGGAACAGCACGACGGCGACGACUGGGACCCUGUGGAGUAUUUCAGCCACAAAGUGCCUCCCAUCAACUCGCUUGAUGAUGCAAGGAAGAAGGAGCUGCUCGCAUUCGUGAUGGCUCUCAAGCGCUGGCGGCACUUCCUCCUUGGGCGUCGUAGGUUCACAUGGGUUACGGACAACAGUCCAUGGACCUACUACAAGACGCAGGAUACGGUGAGCAGCACUAUCGGACGAUGGAUGUACUUCAUCGACCAAUUUGACUUCACACCGAAACAUCUUCCCGGCCUCUCAAAUCGCGCAGCAGAUGCACUCUCGCGAAGACCUGAUCUUUGCGCUAUGACACAUCAUGCCUUCGCAUUCGACGAGGAGCUUCAGCGACACUUCAGCAGGGGCUACGAGUCCGAUCCAGAUUUCGCCACGCUAUAUGCACAACUAUCUUCGGAUCACCCACCGGCCAGCCACAAUCGCAUCGCCGAUGGGUACUUGCUCCUGCACUCGCGGGGCAAGGACUUACUAUGUGUCCCAUGCGACCGCCGUCUUCGGACUCGCCUCCUUAACGAGUAUCAUGAUUCGCGACUCUCUGGCCAUUUCGGAGUCAACCGCACUAUAUCACGGCUUGGACAGCGAUUCCGAUGGCCCGACCUCAUCACCGAUGUAACGAGGUAUUGCGACUCUUGCGAAGUUUGCCGACGAAGCAAACCCCGCAACCGCAACCCCUACGGCGAGCUGCGCCCGAUGCCGAUCCCGCAGGAACCAGGUCUCUCCAUCGCCAUGGAUGUCACCGGACCAUGCCCCCACGACCGCCUCGGACAUGACGGCAUCCUCACGGUCGUGGACCGAUUCAGGAAGAGUGCUACCCGUUACACCCAGGUUCAGGAGGAGCAAUUCGCUGCCAUCCUGAGAGAGAGAAGGGAGAAAAAGGAGAAGGAGCUCCUCAAGCAAGCGAAGCUGAAGGCGAUAGUUGAGGAGCAGGCGGCAAAGAAAAAGAAAUUGGAGGAGGAGAUGUUAAGAUUGCAGCAGGAGGAGGAAGAGAAAAGAAAGGCUGCCGAAGAAGCAGCAGCAGCAGAGGAGGAAGAGGUAGAAGAAGAACCCCUCGAAAGGAGGCGUGGGGAAGAGAGAGGAGAAAGCAGUGGCACGAAGGCAGAGGAUAAGUGGAUGGAAAAGAAGAUUAGUGAGUGGGUAGCUAAUUUAUUGCUGGGAGAAGAUGAGGAGGCAAUGUUGUACGUGCCUCAAGAGGAGAAGGAAGCAUUCGCCAGGGAGCUGGAAGCUAAGGAGGACCCCCUGGAACGCCAGACGAUGGAAGACGAGAAGAGGUUGGAGUGGAAGUUGCGUCUGGCAAGGGAAACGAAGAGGAGGAGGGAGGAGGCCAACCGGAUGGGCAAAGAAGUGGAGAAGAUUCAGGCGUCCAGGCAGGAGGUGCAAGCGCAACACGAAAGCCCUGCCAAAUUAAACAAGAUUCUGGGCUAUCUUGAGAUUCUGAGUCUGGCCUGGCUUGAGGAACAUCAGGCCAAUAAGGGUCAGGAAGUGACCCUCCACUCCAUCCGGACCGGCUUUAGAGAGUUUGCGCGCGAUGUGGUGACCCACGCCGGGACCAAGGUAAAGAGAUUGAAAGAAGGCGCAAAGAAGUUCUGCGCAGGUGCCAAAGUAGUGGUCGAAGCUGAAGUGCGUCCCUGCAAAGAGCCCGUCAAGCGCAAAUUUCCUGACUCGUAUAGCGGGAAAAAGGAUGAUAGUUUUAAGAACUGGGAAGCCAGCAUCAACGCAUAUGUGUAUCUACAGCAUACCGCCCCCGAGGAACAAGUCCUCGUGGCCUUCCAUGCAUUGAAGGAUGAAGCGGCCAGUUUUGCUAGGUGCCUUGCGCGCGCAGCCGAUUGUGAAAACAAUAUGGUUGCCUACUCUAGAGUCACCCCCCUUUCCACUUUCCUCAAACUCCAGCGCGAGAGGUUCGCUGACGUCACAAGGCGUGUCAGGGCCUCUGACAAGCUCCAGACCAUCCACUCACGACAGUGGAGGAGUGCGCAAGCACUCAAAGCUGUCAUGGAUGACUUGGUAGCCGUCCCAGACCACGGGGUCACUGAGACCCAGUUGGUCCAGUUAUUUUAUCGUGCAAUGCCAGAGCCCCCGCGAGGGCAUUUCUUUGAUAAGACCCAACCGGCCAAUAUGACGUACGAUGCAUUAAGUAGAGAAGUGGUCAUGUUUGAGGCAAAGUCCAUGCCAGUUUCCACUUUCUGGCAUAAGGACUUAGAUAAGGGGAAGAAGUGGAAAGGUCGUACCAUCUCAGAGCAGGUCAGGGCCAAGGAUCAUUUGAUCCUUACUUUAGAUGAAGGCGGUAUUGACGAAGUCCCCUACAGUCAGAUAGAGUGGGGGCUAGAGGAGGAGGACAGUAGUGUAGGUCAGGGGAGGACGUACGCUGCUGUCGCGGUUGGAGGGAGCCGAGAGGAGGCCAGGGCCAAGGGGGUCGGGCCAUGGGUGGUCGAGGUCCGGGUGCACAGGGGGUUGGCGGUCAAAGGAACCGCCAAGCGGGAGGUAGGGGUCAAGGUUCCCCGCCGGAUCGCUCAGGACCCAGUCGGUCGCCGCAACGCAGAGGUGGAAGGGGAAGGGUAUAACGAAUCACUCUGGGAUGCUUGCGGGAAAGGAGUGAUUGUUUUCUUCCGUCCAUUCAUCGCAAAAAGCAACAGUGCACACCCCCAGACUCAGCUUAUGCUGAUGGCACCUGUCUACCGAACAUAUGAGUUAGGAACAAGCGAAAACGUUUCGGAAGAGCAGCGAAUAGCAGGCUUGGCUGGAAUCCUUGGGCUUGGUUUCUUCUUCGAUCCAGUGAUCAAAAGAAUGCUGGCUCAGAUUAAAGAGUACAAGGAUGCACGAAUAGCACUUGCGGAUACAACGGAUCCUGAUCAGCCCAUGCCCUUGGACAUGGACAGCACGAGGGAAUAUGUGAAAGGUGUACCGUUCAACCGCUCCAUGUUCACAGUUUCAUCUGUUCUGGAUUUGAAUGUGACAGGAAGGUCUUAUGAAGUCUGGUGUCAGUUUACGCAUGAAAGGUACAUUCUGCGGAGUCCUAUUGAGUGGUCACUGGCAUCAUUGAUCAUCUCUGGGUUGAUGGUUUACAUACUGAGGGCUGGUGUUCUCCGUAUGGAAGCUAUGCAGAAACAUGUGCAGAGGGUGGAGGUCCUGAACAACGAGCUUAGCCAUGCGAAGGAGGCUGCUGAAGCUGCUGAUUUGUCAAAGUCUACCUUCUUGGCAACAAUGUCCCACGAGAUCCGAACACCAAUGAAUGGGGUGCUUGGAAUGCUUAGCCUGCUCCUGGACACAGAUUUGAACACGGUCCAAAUGGAGUAUGCGCAGACAGCUUUCACAAGUGGUGAAGUGCUUAUCUCUAUUAUCAAUGAUAUCCUUGACCUGUCAAAAAUUGAUUCAGGCUUCAUGGAUCUUGAAUCAAUCCCGUUCAACCUUCACACAGUUUUUGAUGAUGUCAUCAGUAUAUUUGUGGAGAAGGCAAGAGAGAAACCGCUAGAGUUUGCGGGCUUGGUUCAGGAUGCUGUACCAGCAGUCGUGGUGGGUGACUCAGGAAGGUUUAGGCAGGUGCUGAUAAACUUGGUGGGCAAUGCCCUGAAAUUCACAAAUGAAGGUCAUGUCUUCAUCUGUAUGCGCACAGCAACUCCAGAAGACCUCGUUGACUCAGGCGAUGGCUUGGAAGACACUGGAACUGGGGGUUCCCGGAAGAGUGAUGGCGCGGUAUUACCCUCCUCUCCAAGGCUGACAAUUGUCGUGUCAAAGGACUCCAUAACAAAUCCUGAUAAGGAUGCUUUGCCUGGCAAGCCUGCUAACCUGAGAUCAGGGGUAAGAGGAGUUGAGGGUGUAGAUUUGGAGAAGCCUAGAGCAUUUGACACGCUAAGCAAGAGGGAAGUUGCAACAGCAGAGAAUAGCUACGAGAAUUUGUUGAAAUGGGUGAGGCGUGAAGCCUCUUUUCUGGGUGAUGACAAACGGCUCCACAAUGAUGACAGCGAAGUUGGGCGGCGAAAGUCAGACGGGGAUCACGCUGGAGGUCGCAUGCUUCAUCUUGUUGUCACAGUGGAGGACACAGGAAUCGGUAUGUAAUUGUACUACCUACAUUUGAAGAUAGCAAGUGUAUUCAAUGUUUAUUCCAUUGAUUAUCUAGUAUCUACCCAUAUUGAAAUAAAGUCCCAUGUCCUUC